UUCAAAGUGCAAUGCUUAAAUGCUUUGCAGUAGCAACCGGACUUAUCUACGAAAACAAACUUUAACACGACCGGUAUGUAAAUGCAUUCAUUGUAAUUAAUCUGUAAUAUACCCAUUAAAUAAUAAUAUAAAUAAUAAACUAUAACACUCAUUCGCGACAAUGAAUCUUUCGUUAAGAACAAAAUCAACAACUUAACGCUUCGUAUCAUCAAUUAAAAUGUUUUCUCACGAACAAGGAAUCUAUGAACUCGUAGCCGUUAAAGUAAAUAAUAAUAAAAAGCUAAUGAAAAACAAAGUAUCGUAGGUACGUUUUGCAUUUUCUGUGUCAAGCAUUCAGUUCAUUCAAAGUCGCGGCAUCGUCCGGUCGAAAAAGAUUAACACGAUCGCAGAGUGACAAAAAAUAUAAUAUAACUAAAAUGAAUAUCGUUCUAACAAAAAUGAUGUGGAAAAACGGCACUAGGAUUAACCAGUAUUUGUUUGCGAUUUUAAUAACGAUACCGCUGCUGAGCUUCGGAAUGAUCCAGGGCUGGUUGUCGCCGAUGAUCGCCUCGCUCCAGUCCCCGGGUGGGCCCUCGCCGGAGCCGUACAACAGCAAUGACAUUUCCUGGGUGACCUCAGUCACUUACAUAUCGGCGAUCAUCCUUGGCGCCCCAAUGGGCCAUCUCACCGACAAGUACGGAAGAAAAGUCAUGACUUUAGCUACGACACUUUCGCUUAUUAUAUACUGGCAGAUCAAACUGCUGUGUCUGGAGCCGUGGGCGCUGAUAAUGGCGAGGGCAAUCGCUGGGAUACCCUGCUCGGCGUGCUACAUAGUCCUGCCUAUUUAUUUAAAAGAAAUAAGCGACAUUGACUUGAGGGGGGCUCUGGGAUCUCUCCUCAUAUUAAAUAGAAAUAUAGGUUACUUGGCAAGUUACGUGGGCGCCGAUCUACUGGCUGUCAGCACGAUGCUAUGGCUCGGACUCAUGGUGCCCGUAAUCGUCUUCUUCAUCUUCCUGAUCAUGCCGGAGACACCGGAGUUUCUCGUGAAGCAGGGGAAAGUAGAUGAGGCCAAAACAGUGCUGGCGUGGCUCCGAGGUGUCUCCGUCGUAGACAGAGCGGUGGAACAAGACAUAGACAACAUUGUAAGCGUAGAGAAGCAGACGAAAAUCGACGCCAAAUCCGUUUGGGGAACGAUUUUACACGACAGGCCGACGUUCAAAGCGUUCAUAAUAACGUUGGUCAUCAAAAUAACGCAACAGUUCGACGGGUACUUAAUAGUGCUUAUAUACGCCGGUUUCGUCUUCAAGAAGGCCUCAGAUUCGGUUACGAUACCAUUGACGCCGAACAAGCAGGUCAUGAUGAUUGGAGUCUUGCAGCUCUUGGGCUCGAUUUUGGCCACUUGCAUCGUGGAGAAAACUGGUCGGAAGCUUCUGCUAGUUUCAACAUCGUUCACUGUCGGCGUUGGGAUGGUGGCCUUAUCCGCCUGGUUUUAUAUGACGUCGUUGGGCUUCUGGCUGCCGGGCUGGGUCCCGGUGGUCGCCAUGUGCGUGUGCAUCUUCGCAGACGCGGCGGGAUUCCAACCAAUCUCAUACAUCAUUAUAACGGACUUAUUCACUUUUCAGUUACGAGGCACAGUGUCAUCGUUCACGAACAUUUGCGCCAAAAUAAGUAAUUUCAUACAAAUGAAAUGGUUCACCGAUAUCUGUAACCUCGUCGGCAUCCACUGGACUUUCUUGUUCUUCGGUGUGGUAUCGUUCGGUGCGUGCAUAUAUACAAUGGUUCGUUUCCCAGAAACAAGACAGAAGACUGUCGCCGAGAUAUACUCUAAGUUGUCGGGAAACGAUGAGGAGAAAGAUGAAAACAAAACUGAGGUUAUACCGUAGGACGAUAGUCGAAAUAUCUAAUAAUUCUGUUAGUUUUAUAUCGUCAUGUUUUUGUUUGUAAAAUAUCUUUUAGUUGAGAAUCGAAUUUGUUUCCGAUUCUAGUAAGUCGAGGCAUGUUCGCGACCGAACCCAGUGCCUCUAGAUAUAAAAAAUAAGUGUUUCAUUUAAAAAAAAAAUGUACGGUACCUACUAAUUACUAUCUAAAUUUUGUAUGGAGGUAGGUACAUACCUAUGUACGUUUUUCGCUAUUUUUGAAUCUUUAAUCAAUUUGCAUUGAAUUUGUGAGUUUUCAGUGUGUUUCUCAUCAUCUGAAUUAUUAUUAUUUUGAGUAAAUCUUUGAAAUUUUGUUAAAAUACUUAACGGAAAGAUUGUGAAUGUGAAGUAAUGUAUUUUUUUUAAUUAGAAUUGAAUAUUAGGUAGUAUAUAGGUCCUUUGAGUGAAUAAAGAAAAGUAACGAAUUUUUUGUAUUCAAUACUUAAUUUAAAUCGAGUCAUAACGCUAACUUUAUUUCUAUGUAGGUUUUAAGCAAUCUAAAUAUAGAUAAUAAUGGAUCCUACCAAAUUAAUAUAUAAAUGUAGCCGUAUUCGUUUUUAGUACAUAGUUAAUAUUCUGAUCUCAAGUUAACACUUGUAGCAAGAUAUUGAGUUUUACAUAUCUAUCUGUUAUCAAUUUCACAUUUACUAGGUAUCUUGGUAAUAACUUUGACAACAGAUUCAAUUAAAAUAAUAUGGUUUUGUUAAAAAGCUAAACUGAAUAAACUGACUUCUGUGACCGAUAGAAAGUAGAAAAGCGCGGCAAAUUGAAUUUAAAAACAUCAUUAUAUUAAAGUGCUUACAAAAAAACCCUAAAGUAAAUAGUUCCUAAGAAAUUUCUUUUAAAUAGAUGAAUGAAAAUGAGAACAGGUUGUUAAGACAAUGAAUAAAAUACCGAAAUAAAUAUAACUUGUAAUUUAAGGAGUUAAUUUUUUAUUGUCAUAUUUUUUUCAUACUAUUUUUCGAUUAAUACCUCAGUAAUAAAUUGCUUCGGUAAUAUAAAUAAAAAAUAUUAGCAGAGCUGCAUAAAACGCUAAUUUCUACCAGUGUGCUUAGUGCGAGUUUCUUAACGUUCUCGAUAGCGUAAAAGUUAGCUCAUAUUUGAGUCGUCUAUUAUCAAAGGUGGCAAUCUGUGCAUUUGGACAAAAAAAUGUUAUUGAUAUGUCAAUACAGAUUGAUUUGAAUAUAAUCGUCUCCUUCAAAGAAUACGGAUCAAAACCUGCAUUAAAUAAAGGUUAAUACUUAACCUGUUAUUUAUCUAAGAUGUCGAUCAGAAGAGUUUUGUGACUGCCAAUGGAAUACAAAGUCAAUAAUUCGUUUUUCUGAUUUACCAAUAAUUGUCCAAAAGUCACAUUGCCGGCUUUGAUAAUAGUCGACUCAUUUGUAAGGAAUGGGAUCGUUUGCCUACGUUUGCCGCUAGGGGCGCUGUUCCAACUGCAUACAAAAUUGGGUUAACUUUUACGCUAUCGAGGGCGUUAAAAAACUCGCACUAAGCACACUGAAAACGUGCAGUCGAAAAGCUAAAACCGAUACGGUAUGAAAAAAAAAUUAGUGUAAAGUGCGAGCGAGAAACAAAAAUAACUUAUCUUAACGCGAGAGUGAGAAAUAAAUAGACCACCAUUUUGCGUCAUUUCAAAUUGAAUUAACUCGAACAAUGAAACUGUUUAACAGAAAAUCAAAAUUAUUUGUGUGAUAAAGAUAUCCGAAGUGCUCUAUGUUUUAAUUUGGCUUUCAAGGAUAUUAAACAAAGAUGUUAAAGUGUAUUAAAUUAACAUUUAACUACUUAUCGAACUUAGUUUGGAUGGAGAGCAAUGUCAUUUAAAAAUAUUAGUGCCGAAAAAUCUUUUCCUACGGAAUAUUACAAGGUUUUUACUUUAAAAUAUGUUCUCAUAACAUUAUCUAAAUAUAUUUUAAGAACAAAAUCUAUGAAAGCAAAUUGUAGGUACCUAGUACUUAAGAUUAACGCAUAAAAAUUACCCACACUAUUUACUUAAGCAAAUUUAUAAACGGACUUGGCAAUAGCGAUUAAUAGUGACAUUUGUGUAAUAGAGUUUGACUUUUAGCUUGAAGUCCAAAAUACAUUACGAACGCGAACUUUAGAGGCUCAAGUAAUUCUCAAUUUAAGAUCAAAACAAUUAUAAAUACAAUUGUUUUAAAUAUACGACAUCUGAUGUUCAAUUUUCAAUAAUUGCAAAUGUGUUCAAUAUUGGGCCAAUAAAACACCAAUAAAAAUUGUUGACAUUAUAUUAAAAUUGUCCAUAUUACUUAGAACAUAAUACCUAUAUGGAAAUACAAAUACGAAAUUGGGUAUUUAGUCGUAAUAUGUAAAUAUAAUAUUUAAAAUGUGAUAAUAAUUAAUGUAGACGUAGACAAUAUGUUAUCGAUAGUCAUAAAAUAAACGAUUAAGACGA